GUCGGAAGCCUGCAAAAGGCUUACGAAUCCUGCCGCGACACGCGCCGUCGCAGCUUGCUGCUUGCUCGGCUGCUCUUCCAUGCGCAAGGCGAUGGUGAGAGCGACGAAGCGCGAGCCGUGCAACUCUCCCGCGAAGUCUUUGCAGCAGCUGGGGGUGCCAGCCAGGAGGCUGGAAAGUUGAAGCUGCCUUCCGCGCAGCUGGUGCGCCGAGCCACCCUCAACCUUGCCACGGAGUUACGUGCAGGGAUGCUUUCCGAUGCGGAGGCGCCGGGUGGAGCGGAGAGGGCACGGAUGCAACUGGUGGGUACAGGGGAGUUUUCAGAUUGGCGUUCUGCACCUUGCCACGUCCACCUGUUGGAGGG